AGUUGCCGCGCGCGUUUCGACCGCUUCAUGGUCGCUUACACAGUCGCUUCUCACAGUUUUGAGAAUUCAUCAUAGUCUCAGGAGGGAUACGGCCAAUUUCAAGGGAUAUUCCACGAGGCGGACAGACCUCUAUUCAAGAUGCACCAUCGAUUUACCAGGUCGCUGGUGUUUCUCAUAUUUAUUGCAUCGACGCACGUGACAGACACCCUAGCGAAAUACCACCAUAUAAAAUUAAGGCACGGACGACACAGACGACAACAUGGCGAGAGUUACCUGCCUGCAAGCUUUGUGCUCGACUCGGAGGAACCGGAAAGGGGGACCUGGGGCCCUUGGUCAACUCCUAGCUCCUGUUCGCGGUCUUGUGGCGGCGGUGUUGCCCAUCAGAAACGACAGUGUCUUGAUAUUGAUAGCGGUGGAGUCGCGAGGUGUACAGGUGCCACAAGAAGAUUCUUUUCCUGUAACAUUCAAGAUUGCCCUGGCGAGCCAAAGGAUUUCCGAGCUGAACAAUGUGCCGCCUACAAUAAUGUCCCUUUUGAAAACACGUAUUACGAGUGGAUUCCUUAUACCGGGUCGCAUAAUAAGUGCGAGCUAAACUGUAUGCCGCGCGGAGAACGUUUCUUCUAUAGGCAUAAAUCAGCAGUUACUGAUGGUACACCCUGCGCUCUUGAACAAAAUGACGUUUGCGUCGAAGGAAAAUGCAUGCAUGUGGGGUGCGACAUGAUGCUCGGCAGCGACGCCAAGGAAGAUGCUUGUAGGGAGUGCGGUGGUAACGGAACGGAUUGUAAUACCAUAAGUGGACUCUUCGAUACAGAUGAAUUACAGAUUGGCUACAUCGACAUUCUGCUCAUUCCUGAAGGUGCCAUGAACAUCGUGAUCAAGGAGGUCGCACCAUCCAAUAAUUAUUUGGCCAUUCGUAACACUGCCGGUCAAUAUUACCUGAAUGGUAAUUGGAGAAUAGAUUUUCCACGCUCUUUAAGAUUCUCUGGUACUAUAUUCCAUUACACGAGAUAUCCUCAGGGUUUCUCGGCUCCUGAUACCAUAACGGCACUUGGCCCUACGAACGAAGCUAUUUACGUUGUAUUGCUCUAUCAAGAUAAAAAUGUUGGUGUCCACUACGAAUACAGCAUUCCAAAGAAAUUAUCUCAACACACAGAUCCCAGCGGUUACACUUGGACAGCUGAUGAAUUUUCAGAAUGUAGUGCAACCUGUGGAGGAGGUUAUCAAUCAAGAAUCGUUAAGUGCGUUCGACGUGGCGACAAUACCCCAGUGGAUGAGAAACUCUGUGACCCGCAACUGGAACCAGCCGAUACUGAAGUUUGUAAUAAUGAACCAUGCCCACCGGAAUGGAUAGAGGGCGAAUGGGGUACUUGUAGUAAGCAUUGCGGUGACGAUGGUGUACAGACCAGAGAAAUCAAAUGUGAACAGAUAAUAUCCGGUGGUAUUCCAUCGAUUGUGGACGAAGCCCAAUGUUUAGAAAAAUUGGGACCCAAGACGGAAACAACUCGACAAUGUAACAAAGACGUUGAAUGUCCCAAGUGGCACUUGGGUCCAUGGAAACCGUGUGAUCAUCUGUGCGGUAAAGGCAAGCAAACUAGACGGGUAACUUGUUACAAGAAAGUCGAUGGAAAGAUUACAGUUCUUGAGAAUUUAGCUUGCGAAGAGGAAGUACCUGAAAGAGAGAAACCUUGUGAAUUACGACCAUGCGAAGGACUCGAUUGGGUUGCUUCCGAAUGGAGUGGCUGUACCGAGAAAUGUGGUCUCACGCAAGAAACCAGGACGGCACAUUGCGCAACUCAGGAUGGUACCGUGUAUCCGGAUGAGAAAUGCAAUCCUGAUAAAAAACCAAAAUUGACUAGGAAAUGUGAUACUUCGCAGGAUUGUAAAUUUUUCUGGUAUGCCGCUCAAUGGAGUGAGUGCUCCGCCAAAUGUGGUACAGGUAUUCAAACACGAAAAGUAUUUUGUGCUUCUGCCGAGGAUGAUGAUACUUUCAAGAAAGUUCCGGAAUCGAAUUGCGAUCCUGAAAAAAAAUACGAGGAUACACAAAACUGUACAGCUGAAAUUAAAGAAUGUGAGGGAGAAUGGUUCGCUGGACCUUGGAGCAAGUGUACGAAACCUUGCGGUGGUGGUGACAUGGCUAGGAAAGUGAUUUGCAUGAAAGGCGAUAUAAAAGUUCCGGCCAGUAAUUGUGACUCUGGCUCUAUUCUAUUUAGUCAGGAAGACUGCAACACUCACCCUUGUGAAGAAGACGAGGUAAUUCCCGUGGAUCCAGAGAAGGCUAAAGCCCUUACCGAUGAGGAAGAGGAAUGCGAGGAAUAUGAAGAUGACGAAUUUGUCACAUUCGAUACCAGCCUUAAAACAGAUAGUGGCGUAGACGUCUAUACAUCAGAAAUAACAGAAGCAACAACUUUAAGUUCACCGUUUGACUCUGACGCAUCAGAAGGAACCAGAACUAUCAGUGACGUGUCUUUAUUCACGGCCGAUAGUAGUUCAUCUAAUAACUUAAUGAAUGAUUCUCCUUCCACGAGAGGAGACAUGCCAAUCCCGACAGAUCCUGGAAGUGGCAGUGGCAGCGGGGAUGGUGAUUAUACAUCCUUCAGCGAAUUUAAUACUGAUUAUACCAGUUCGUUGGAUGAUCUUUCUACUCUGGAAGGAAGUGGCACAUCUCCAGAUGAAUCUAGCAGUAGCUUUGUAACAGUUGCGACUGACGAGCCCAGUAUAUCAUCUAAAGUAUCUUCAGUAUCUACUAAAGAUGAAGUUACUGAAUCUACAGAGUCAUCGAAUGUAUCCACUGUCCAGUUUACUGAAUCAGAGUCAUCGAAAGGAUCCACUGUCUUGUUUACCGGAUCAGAGGCAUCAUCUGGUUCCGAUGUCACAACUGAAUCUUCUACUUCUGGAGCUACAGAGGGAUUAACCGAUCCAUCGUCUGAAUCCACUGCUUCAUCGAUAUCUGCUAAGUCGUCCGAGUCCGUUGCUGAAACUAGUUCAAUAAUUGAGUCAUCAUCUACCUCCAUUGUCACCGAAUCAAGUGGCACCAGCGCAAGUUCAGAAGGCAAAACAGAUUCUUCUUCUUUAGAAACUUCUGAAUCCGAAACAACUGAAUCGGAUACUACCGAAUCAACAGAAUCAACACCUACUUCUUCCACGGAUACGGAGGAAACGUAUUCUACAGAAGUUACAGUCACACCCGGUUACAGUGAAAAUGAAUAUUCGGAAUCGGAAACAACAUCGGCAAUUGAGUCAACAACAUCCAGUGGUACUACAACAUCUUCCAUUGUUAAGGAAGUGAUUCUUGAAUAUGACCCAUCCUCGGUGAUAGACAAGGAAAAUUCUUCAGCCGAAGAAACAGAAAAUACUGACGUUUCUAGUACUGCAGCUUCUACUGAAACUGUUGAAGCCGGAAGCUCAACUGAAAUUAGUGGUGUUACGGAAGCUACUGAAUCUACAGAAAUUUCCUAUUCCACGGAUAUGAAAUCUUCUACAGCUUCUGGAUCUACUGAAUCUACCCUAUUUGAAGAGACAUCGGAAGCUAGUGGCUCUACUGUGUCUGGUGAAACAACAGGAUCUGAAUUUGAAUCUUCGACCGGAAUUCAAGAAACAACAGUAUCUGCUCAGUCGACUGAGUUACCUGAAAUAACAGAAUCAGAAGCAUCUACUAUAACUGAAGGAAUAUCAGAAUCUACUGAAUCAGGCGCAACAACAGAAUCCACAUUCACGGAGUAUGAACAAACAACCGAUUUGAGCGGUACAUCUGAGUCUGGUGAAACAACAUUAAUUGAAAAAAGUGAUAUCACAACAGAAAGUGGAAUCACCGAAGAAACGACAGAGUCAGGUAUCACGUCUGAUGAAGACGAGGAAACGGAUCUUACUGAUCAAUCGCAUAUUACCGAUUUCUGGACCACUAUCAGUCCUAUCGAAGCGGCUAUUACAAAAGAGCAUAAACUCAAGAAAUGCAAGUUAAGGAGGAAGAAGAAGCACUGCAAAACAUCAGAAUUUGGUUGUUGUUAUGACGGAAUUACCGCAGCGGAGGGUCCAUUCGGCAAAGGAUGUCCAACACCUGAAACUUGCAAAGAGAGUAAAUUUGGUUGUUGUCCUGAUGGAGUGUCCGCUGCUACUGGACCAGAUAAUCAAGAUUGCCCAGAUACUCACUGUCAAGAAACUCUCUUUGGUUGCUGUCCAGAUGGAGUUACAGCGGCUGAAGGAAAUGACUUUGAGGGAUGCAAAAAACCAUGCAAUGAAACAGAAUUUGGAUGUUGUCCAGACAACGAGACACCCGCUGAUGGUGAGAACAAUCUGGGAUGCUGCAAUGUUACUGAAUACGGUUGUUGUCCUGACAAUAUUAAACCAGCUACUGGUCCAGAUGGUGAAGGAUGCGAAGAAGAGGAAAUCACUUCGAUAACGUCAUCAACAGAAGAAGAAGUCGAAGUGACAACAGUUUCCGUAAUAGAAGAAGACUGCGCGAACUCAACCUAUGGUUGUUGUCCCGACGGCAAGAGAGUUGCAACCGGUGAAAACUUCGAGGGUUGCGGUGUCAUCGAUACCGAAAAUUGUACCGCAUCAUAUUUCGGCUGCUGUCCAGACCAAAUAUCGGCAGCUCUUGGUCCUAACAAUCACGGUUGCCGUAUGCCUUGCGAGAACACAACCUAUGGUUGUUGCGACGAUGGAUCCACACCAGCUCACGGAUCCAAUGGGGAAGGCUGCUGUUUGACUACACCAUUCAAAUGUUGCCCCGACAACAUUCUACCAGCUCGCGGUCCAGAUUUUUAUGGCUGUGGCUGCCAAUACUCAAGAUUUGGUUGCUGUCCAGACAAUACUACUGCAGCUCGAGGAUCCAACAACGAAGGAUGCGGUUGUAAAUACACUGCACAUGGAUGCUGCCCCAAUCAAUUUACACCAGCAAGCGGUCCCAAUUACGAAGGAUGUCCUUGCUAUACUUAUCAGUUUGGCUGCUGUCCUGAUGGCCUUACAAUUGCUAGAGGACCUCACGGACAAGGAUGCGGGUGCGACUACAGUGAAUUUAAAUGCUGCUCCGAUGGAAGGACUCCAGCCAAAGGACACAACUUUGCUGGAUGUACAUGCGAUGCAUCGAAAUACGGAUGCUGUCCUGAUGGAAUUGAAGAAGCUCAAGGAGAAAAUUUCGAAGGAUGUCUAUCAGUGCCAUCCAUUCCAGGUGCUGCUUGCUCUCUCGAGAAAGAUCGAGGACCUGAGAACUGUCGCAACUUUACUGUCCAAUGGUACUUCGAUACCGAAUAUGGUGGUUGCUCCAGGUUCUGGUAUGGUGGUUGCGGCGGUAACGAGAAUCGCUUCAAGACGCAGGAAGAAUGUAAAGCGGUUUGUAUGGAACCUAAAGGCCGUGAUGCUUGCUAUCUACCCAAAAUUGCUGGUGCCUGCACGGGAUACUUCCCUACCUGGUAUUAUGAUAGUGCAAGGAAACAAUGCGGUCAGUUCCGCUAUGGAGGAUGUCUUGGAAACGCGAAUAGGUUCAAGACUCGUGAGGACUGUGAAGAACUAUGCGUGGUACCUGAUGACAUUGAUCCUUGUGAUCAGCCCAAAGAGCAAGGACCCUGCAAAGGUAACUUCACUAAGUGGUACUUCAACAAGGAUGCGCAAACAUGCGAACAAUUUACAUAUGGUGGCUGCAAAGGAAACAAUAACAACUAUCCAACUGAAGUUGCUUGUCAUCAACAAUGUCUUCAGCCAGGUCGCAGUCGAGUAAUUCGGGACGUGUGCGCCCUGAAGAAAGAUCCCGGGCCUUGUCCCGGCUCUUUGCUACGCUGGUAUUACGACGCGAAACGUCAAACAUGUAAACAAUUUGUUUAUGGCGGUUGUAAAGGCAAUGGCAAUAAAUUCCGAACUCGCGCUGCAUGUGAGCAGCGUUGUCCAGUUAGAGAACAAGACACUUGUCUGCUUCCUGCACUUUUGGGAGAGUGUCACAACUAUACCCAACGUUGGUAUUACGAUUUCUAUGAACAACGAUGUAGACAAUUUUAUUACGGGGGCUGUGGUGGCAAUGGAAAUAAUUUCGCUGACGAACACGAUUGCAUCAAUAGAUGCGAAACCAGAAUCAGCACACCAGCUCCUUCUGCCAUUCAAUUCAAAACUGAGUAUUGCUUCCUGCCUGACGAUCAUGGUCCUUGCGCCGAAAACACAACAAAAUGGUUCUACGACAGCAGAGAUGGCACCUGCAAAAUCUUUAUGUAUGGUGGCUGCCAAAGUAAUGGAAAUAACUUCAAUACACGCGAAGAAUGCGACUAUCGCUGUGGAACAGUACAAGAUCCGUGUACUUUACCGAAAGUCGUCGGUCCCUGUGCCGGUUCCGUUAAACAAUACUUCUAUGAUAGACAAUCCGAUUCUUGUUACGAAUUUGACUAUAGUGGUUGUCAAGGAAACAAAAAUCGCUUCCAGGACAAAUUAUCUUGUGAGCAACAGUGCAAGAAAGAAGUACAGCCUCCUGCUCCAGGGGUAGCCGACAUUCAACGGACUACUGAAGCUCCCCGUGCUUCAGUCGAACCUGUACCAGUCAGUCCCAAUUGCUUGGCACCAGUCGAUGCUGGUCCAUGUAACGGUGACACUACAGCAUAUUAUUAUGACGUGCAAUCCCACAUGUGUCAAGCAUUCAUCUACGGUGGCUGUGAAGGAAAUGCUAAUAGAUUCCAAACGGAAGAACAAUGCGAGAGACUUUGUGGGAGGUUCCAAGGCCAAGAUAUCUGCAACCUUCCGGUGGACAGCGGACCCUGUCGUGGCGCUUUUGCGAAAUUCUUCUACGACUCUGCAAUUCGCGGAUGUCGCGAAUUCACUUAUGGUGGAUGUGACGGUAAUGCCAACAGAUUCAGCACAGUAUCUGAGUGCGAAUCUAUCUGCAUUCAUCGUGAGGAGCCUGCACCUACUGGAAAUAACACUGCACUUUCUCAUUUGGCUAUCUGUAGAGAACCUGUGGAUAUUGGCUCGUGUCCUACACCAAGUUACAGACGUUUUUACUACAACGAUGAAAUCCAGACUUGUAUUCCAUUUAUUUACACUGGUUGCGGUGGAAAUCGUAACAGAUUCAAAACCUUUGAGUCUUGCAUUAGCACAUGCCUUAGGCCGAGUAACGAGAUUGACGUUGAUGUUGAGAAAAAAUCGAAAGAUCCGUGCGCAGAAACUCGUGAGGAGUGUCGUAUUAUUCGCUGUCCAUAUGGCAAAGAAGCCUUUGUCGACAGUCAAGAUUGUGAACGUUGCCGUUGCGUAGAUCCAUGUACCUCACGAACCUGUCCUGAAGGUACAAAAUGUGCCAUCACCUUAGUGCCCAUCAACGAUGGCACCGAGUACGUUGGUACCUGCAGAUCAACAACGAAACCAGGCCGCUGUCCGAACGUAUCGAAUAGCACCAGAUGCGAACAGGAAUGCACUUCGGAUGCAGAUUGUGCUGGAGAAUCGAAAUGCUGCAACAAUGGCUGUGGGACUUCAUGCCUAGAACCUGCACCUGAAGAACCACUAACCACACCACCUCCUGUUAUUGCCGUGACUCUGCCACAAUAUGGUGCUGAACCUGCGUAUAUUCAGCAACCUGAAGAGUCUGAAUUGACCGCCGAAGAGGGCAGCUUCGUCACGAUGAAAUGUGUAGCGAUCGGAAAUCCCAAACCAACGAUUUCUUGGCGAAAGGACACUGUUGUGAUAAAGGAUUCUGAAAAAAGACGACGCAUUAUGUCUGACGGCUCUCUUCAAAUAAUAAAUUUAUAUACCUACGACAGAGGUACUUAUAUAUGUAGUGCAUACAAUGGUCUUGGUGCACCAGUCAGAGUAGAAUACCAAUUGGACAUUACAGAACCGCACAAUAGACCUGCCGCCAUCAUCGGGGAGCCAAAUGCAACUGUGACUGUCACUUUAAAUUCGCCAAGGACCCUGCACUGCUACGCAAUGGGCUGGCCAAGGCCACAAGUCACCUGGUGGCAUGGAGACAAUAUGCUACCACUUACAUCUGAAUCUUAUGAGCAAGACUCUGAUUAUACCUUGCUAAUCCGUUCAGUCACCUUAAGUAACCUUGGCAUAUACACCUGUCAGGCUUACAACGCUGUAGAAAGACCCACUUCAUGGUCCAUCACCGUUCAAGCUAUCGGUCCAGUUCACAAUAUCAAAUAUGAUCAACAACAGUACACAAAAUAUCUUGUUCAACCUCCCACAAGACCCAAUAUAAGCAAACCGCAAUAUCCUUAUAGACCAUCUAGAAUUCAAACUCCUGAGUAUCAAACCUAUGCCCCCCUAUAUCCCACCAGACCACCAUAUGUCCCAGGAGUUGUUCCUCUUACUGAAUCGCCUGAAGUGGUACCUCCUGUUAGGUAUACAGUACCGGUUAAAGUGAACAUAUCAGUACCACAAAAUGAAUUCCCAGAGGGUAGUGAUAUCAGUAUCGCUUGUAAUGUGGAUGGUUAUCCUAUUCCACGGGUAGAAUGGUACAAGGACGAUGUUCUUAUUCAAAUGAAUAACCGAGUAAGGAUAUCAGAAGCUAACAGGCUCCUUAUUUCCAACGCUAACAAAAACGAUACCGGAAAUUACCGAUGCGAAGCAUCCAACGAAUACACUUCUGAUUCUGGAAAUGUAGAUAUCCGUGUAGCUGGCAUUUUCAUCCAUCCAAAUUGCCAAGACAAUUUCUUCUUCGCCAAUUGCAAACUGAUCGUGGAAGCCCGUUACUGCCAGCACAAGUAUUACGCUCAGUUUUGUUGCCGAUCCUGUACAGAGGAUGGCCAAUUACCAGUGAGAGGACCGCACCUGGAUAACACCAGAAGAAGGAGAUCCAUCCUUCCCUUCUUUUAGAAAUUUAAAAUCGAAUUUUCGAAUGCUUCGGUAAGCGGGUCCAUGACACACUUCAUAAUUACGUGCCUGACUUCUUGAUAUUCAACCGCAUGAUACGUAAUUACAAGAGAAACAUCAACGUACUAGUACCAGAUAACCUCUCUGUACGUAAUUAUGAAUUACCACCAUAGAUAUUUGUCUUCUACCAUUAACGUACUAACCGACAUUGUUGAACAAUAUUUUGAAAAGCGCAGCGAGUAGAACAAAGAAACGCGUCAACCUUGUUUACACGCGAUUAUUAUAGAAUCUCGAUGCACUUUCAAUUCGUCCCCGUUUACCGGAAGUAUUGGGAAAAUCAAAUUUCCUUCACUGCCAAAGCCUUAGAACGUUUAUACAUAGAUACGAUAAAUUUAUAUUCGAAUCGAAGUAAAGUAGAGCUUUUGAUGGAUGGUGAAUCAAGAACUAAUCGGGAAUGGGAUUUCUUUCGUAUGCAUCGAUAGAAAUGUGCAUUUCGAUGGAUUAUCCAUGUAUACACGAUCUGACGCUGAAUCCUAGUCUGACGGAGCCAUAUUGGGCAGGUCGUCCCAAAUAAAAAAAAAGGCAAUUGAUGCUGUUUCGAGAAUGAAAUAAUCGCAACUUCACAAACCUCAGAAGGCAUUGCGUCACCUUAAAUAAUAAUGAUCGUUAAUAGAUAGAUUCAGUAUAACGUACCGUGCGAUAAUCUUUCGAAUCAAUGUUAUCAGAUAGUAACGAAUCCUUUAUAAUGCACUGCAGAAGAAUCGCAGACAAGAGUACAGUAAAACAGACACUUCGAGUCGUACAUUGAUAUUUCUCGUAUUAAGAAAACUACAAAAAAUCUUGCAAAUCAUUGGCAAGAAACUAUGAAGAUAGAUAUUAAAAUCAUUUACGUACGCGUUACCUUAACGAAAGUUUGAGAAUAUUUAAUCGUGAAUACUCAUAAGUGGAUAUACUUAUAAUAAUAAACAUGAAAAAUAUUUGUUUCAAUUUCCAAUGAACGAACAAUGCUUCAUGACAAGACCCUUGUACGGUACAUAUAUUAUAUUAAUCAUACGCACGUUAUAUUGUAAAAUAUAAAUAGUUUAGUAUGUAUUAUGACCUUCAUACUCUCCAUAUAAUUAUUGUGUAUUACUUAUGAAUACUCCGAUUUUACCGCAACGGAAGUAUCGCCAAAUACACAUAGAGAAUCUCUAAAAAUAUACGGACAGUGAAUCUUAAAUAAUUUUCACCUGGAUGAUAUAACAUGGUAAGAAAUCUUCUGUAUUCAAUAGCUAAUUUGAUUCGUUAAAGAAAAAAAAAAAAAAGUAGCAGUAUUGAACUACUUAGAACUGUAGAAUAGUUGAUUCUUUUUACUAUGUUGUAUCAUCAUAGUGUUUAGAAUACAUAACUAGUGUACAGUUGUAUUUUAUACAUUACAGACCAGUUUAAACUAUGUUCAAAGUUUGCAUGUCGUCCAGGUAUUGGAAAACAACGGUGUUGCAUUUAUAUUUGUUCCUGAAUUAUUAACCGUAAAUUUAAUUAUGUAAUAACAUUUCAUUAGUAUUACUUUACACUAUACUUCUUAAACGUUAAAAAUCGUAGGAUACUGUAAGAGACAAGUAAGGAGUACCAAAAGCAUUUAUAUACUUAAAAGUAUCAUUAUUGAUGACUAUUGAAAUUCUCUUAGAUCAUUUGGUGCUUAUUAUAUUAUCCUAUCUGUUCACUUAGAGUGAAAUACAGUGCCUUAUUAGAUAUGAUUCGAGAGAAUCUGGGAAAGAGUAUUUUACAUAUCACAAAUUUCAUUCUAGACAUUAUUACUAAUAUUCGGUACUUGAUUCAUUUAAAUUAUCUGACCUAAUGGCUAAAAUACUUAGACGAUCAGCUUAUUGCUAUGAAUAGAAAAACCUCUUUUCGAGAUUACUCUCGUACGACAGCGGUAUCAAUAAAAUGAUAGUCUUUCAAUAUCGCCGUGAUAAUACCCUGAAAAUGUAUAAAUAGAAUAUCUCUUUAGAUGAAUGUUUUUUUUUUUUACUUAAGAACAAGCAAUCUUCUACGCAAAUUUUUUCUUAACGUUUGUAUGGUUAAAAUUUAUAUGAAAGCAAUCCGAACGUUAUUUAAGAUUUUCAUAACUGUUAUCAGCACCAAGAUCUAUUUAAUAAUAAUUUUGACAUGUCACAGGAUUUUUUUUCACAAAUCAUCAAUGCGCGUAGCUGUAAGUGAAAAUUCAAAAGUAUAAAAGAAAAUAGUUCAAGGCAUAUAAACACGUAAUUAAUUUUUCGAAAAACAAGAAUUGAAAAGAAGUUCCGUUUUUCGUUGAUAUUAUUUACAAUGUUUUUGGAAUUUAAAUAAUUAUGAGUUUUAUUGUCACUUAUGGCUACGGGCAUUCUUGUGUAAAUUUUGUCUAGAAUCCGUAGUAUCAACGCUGAUGCUAUAAUAUUUUCACUAUUAAGAAAUAAUUCCACGACUCUUAAAAAUGGGGAACGUACCUCGCAGUGUGUAGUGUAUGUAAUAUAUAAAUGUACAUUUCCAGACCAUUUGAAUGAAACCAUACCAAUCCCUUCUAAUUAAUUGUACUAAUUUGCAUCAUUAGCAAUUGCAUUGUUCGUGCUUCUGAUUAAUUCCUUGUUUUGCAAUACGAAAGUCGCUACGGUCGGUACUACGGACUUUUGAAUACUCAAAGUGCUUAUUAGCAAACAAUUUAUCAAGUAAAAUUUAAUAAGUAAUGAGUAUCCAUAUCUCUAAAGUAUCACUAUCAAAAGUAUAAUACAUCAUGUCAGUAAUAAUUCAACGCUUUAGUGAAUUUCGUUGUAAAUGUAUUUUAGGUAACAAAUAAUAUAUAUAAUUCUACGAUAGAAGUAUCAAUGAAUACCACUAUACGAAUAUUGUAUGGACAAUAAUAAUAUUUAAGGUCCUUAAAUACACAACAAUUGAAAAUGA